AUGACCACCAUCAACCCCGACAACCCGCCCAAGCCUUGCGACUACUUAGACAUGAUCGGCGGCCUCAUCACCGUCAUGCGCGGCCGCCUGCGCAUGUCCGUCGACGACUGCAUCACCGCCUACGCCUCCCUAUCCGACGAGGUGUUCGAGAAGAAGAGCGACAGAGUCAGAAUCAACGGGCAACUGCAGGGAAGGUUCGACAGCAAGGCUCUCGAACGGGCCAUCAAACAGAUCCUCAAGCGUACCGGCCACGACGAGAAUGCCCUCCUCAAGGACGCUUCCAAUAUAUGCAGAGUGUUCGUCUGCGCGACGAGCAAGGAAACCGCCGACACCGUCUGUCUGACGAGCUACCGCUCCCCCAGGUCGACCCACCUGCUCGACUGCACCACCGUCUGGAAGGCCUGCUGCGUCACCUCCGCCGCCACCACCUUGUUCGACGCCGUGACCAUCGGCUCCUUCGGCGAGCAGUUCGUCGAUGGCGCCCUCGGCACGAAUAACCCCAUCUCCGCCCUCUGGACCCAGGUCCAGGACGUGUGGGGCGAUCGCCUGCGGGGCUGCCUACGUGCGACGCUGAAGGAACUCGCGACGGAAACCGAAAAGACAGCCGAGCAGUUCCGCCGCGACAAGGCCGAGCUCGACGACGACGGCCGCUACUUCCGCUUUAAUGUCGUCCGCGGCCUCAAGCAUAUCGGCCUAGAGGAGUCAAAGAGGAAGGCGGAGAUUGCAGCAGCUACGGGACGGUAUGUCGCGUCGCAAGAGGCGUUGAAGCGCAUGAGGACGUGCACCAACGGUCUCGCGAGGAGGCAGUACCUCGGCCCGUACAAGACGCCCUUCAGCCUACAGGGCGUGCCCGUGUCGGCCAAGUUCGUCGACAGGCCGUCCGACACGGCCCGCUUGGAGGAAUGCCUCCUCUCCCGGCGGUCGCACCGAAAGGGGAAGAAGGUCUUUGUGCUGCAUGGACUCGGCGGCGUUGGUAAGACGCAGCUGGCCGUCGACUUCGCCCGACGCCACCAAGCCGCGUUCAGCUCGGUCUUCUGGCUCGACGGCCGUUCGGACGACCGGCUGAGGCGGAGUAUCGCCGGGUGUAUCAACAGAAUACCUGAGGGACAGAUUCCCUUGGCAAGCCGGCAGCAGGCCGAGGGACGCAGUGUGGAGGACUUGGGCGCGGCGGUGGUCAGCGGCGGGGUGGUGGGUGUGUACGAUGUCAGGCAGUAUAUGCCGUGGGACCACGGGUCAGUCCUGGUCACGACGCGGGUGUCGCGGCUGGCGCAGCUGGCGCCGCCGGGCAACUCGUGCAAACUGGCCAAGGUCGACGAUGGCCUCGGCAGGGCCAUCCUUGGUGAGCUUACGGCUAACGUCACAUCAUACCCCGACGCCGACCGGCUCCUGAACCUCCUUGACGACCUACCACUGGCGCUAGCCCAGGCGGCCUCCUACCUCUGGGAAACAGGAAUCAGUAUUGCGAAGUACUUGAAGAUCUACCAACACCAGUGGGACGUGUUGAUGGCCUCUGAAUCGGGCCACCCCUUGCUAGACUAUGAACAGGGCAGCAUCGCGACGACCUGGACGGUGUCGCUCCGACAGAUCGAGGAUAUGAACGCCGCCGCCGCCGCUAGCCUGCUGCGCCUCUGGGCCUUUCUCGACAACAAGCAUAUGUGGCAUGGGCUGUUGACAGUGGCAGCCGGCGGUGGCUCACAGCAAUGGCCCGGGUGGCUCAAGGAGCUGGCCGGCAGCGAAGUGCGAUUUCUCGACGCCAUCCGGCUUCUCCUCCGCUACUCCAUGAUCGAGACACAAGAGGGUACCGGCGACGGCUACUCAAUGCACCCGGUUGUGCACACAUGGGCGUCGCACCUGGACGGCCGCAGUCGCGGGGCAGAGCAGGCGCGACUGGGGCUCAUGAUGGUCGGACUGUCGGUACCGACUUCCGAUGAGAAGGAAUAUUGGGUGGUGCAGCAGCAGCUCUUGCCACAUGCGCAGCGGUGCGCGGAAUGGAUGCAGAGCGGAUCUCCCGACAUUUUCAAGCAUAUUGACAAAAGUAUAUUCAGGCCUCUUAAUAGCCUGGGAACCCUCUACGCGGACCAAGGCCCUUCGACCGACCGCACGGACACUCUUGGCACCGUCAAUAACCGGGGGCUUCUCUAUAAGAACCAAGGCAAGCUAGCCGAAGCGGCGGGGAUGUAUCGGCGAGCGCUGGCCGGCCGUGAGAAAGCCCUUGGACCCAACCACACGGACACUCUCCGCACCGUCAACAACCUGGGAAUCCUCUACGCGAACCAAGGCAAGCUGGCCGAGGCAGAGGAGAUGUUUCAACGAGCACUGGCCGGCUAUGAGAACGCCCUUGGACCCGACCAUCCAACCACAAAGUUAGUGUCGCGCAAUCGAGACCAACUACGACACAUUACAGGUUAG